UUGCUGAAACGUCAUUUGUAAGCGACAUCUCAAGAGAUGUGGAGGAAAGCUGUCGUCUCACGUUUGCUGGAUAAUUUAUGUAGACGCUAUGUGUCGGUUCAAAGCAAGGUGCCACAGAAACCAACAUGGAGCCUAGCACCAGAAACAACUACCCAUAAAAAUAAAAUAACUGCAGACAUUAUAGAUCAUCUUGAACGUUUGGCAUUGGUAGAUUUCCGAAAUGAAGAAGGUGUGCAACGCUUAAAGAACGCAGUACAGUUUGCAGACCAGUUGCAUUGCGUAAAUACUGAUGGAGUGCCUUGCCUUGUCUCCGUUUUAGAGGAAAGGGCUGUGUAUAUUAGAACAGAUACAGUCAAUACAGAUACUGAUGCAGUUAAAGUCCUUGAAAAUGCUAGAAUCAUCAUAGAAGAGUACUUUGUUGCACCACCAGGUAAUAUUCCAUUACCAACACAUGACCCCAGAAUUUAACCAUCUAAGAAGAAGAGGAAAAACAAAAUCAGAAUGUUAACACAGCAUCAAGACUUUAAUAGGACAGCUACAGAUGCUUUAUUUAACUGAAACACCUUUAUAAUAAAAAGGAAAAAAAAAAAACCAUACAAA